AUGGCGUGGCUCCAUCAGAGUCGAGGUUCUCCCAGACUCGUCCUGGUGGUGGUGUGUGUCGCUCUGCUGCUCGACAACAUGCUGCUCACUGUGGUUGUGCCGAUCAUCCCGACGUUCCUCUACGCCAUUGAGCAUCCAAGUCCAGAGCCCCAGACUGCCCAGCCUUCCAUGCUCUCUCUGCCCAGCCUCAGUGCACCACGCUUUGGCACAGUGCCCUCCCCCAGGUUAAACAUCCAGACCCCCCGCCCUCAGCCCAGCUAUAGUGCACCAGUCCUGGGUACACAGUCAGAGCAGAGCCCCCGGCCGUCUCCUCCCACCUUCUCUCCUCUGGUGUCUCUGUUCGACAACACAACCUUCAGUCUGCAGGAGAUCCGGACUGAACCAACCUCUGGCACCGAGCCGACAGACCAGACCAGCUGGGUCACAGACCUACAGAUCAACGAGACUACUAAUGCUACAGAGUCCUCCUGUCUUCAGGACAGUUCGUUUCUGGAGGAGGAAAAUGUUCGUGUUGGUUUGUUGUUUGCCUCUAAAGCUCUCGUCCAGCUGCUCAUCAACCCGUUUGUUGGCCCUCUCACUAACAGGGUCGGGUAUCACAUCCCCAUGUUUGCUGGUUUCAUCAUCAUGUUCGUGUCAACCAUCAUGUUUGCGUUCUCAGGCACAUACGCUCUGCUGUUCUUCGCUCGCUCUCUGCAGGGCAUCGGCUCGUCCUUCUCCUCUGUGGCAGGUCUGGGUAUGCUGGCCAGUGUGUACACAGAUGAUGAGGAGAGAGGCAUCGCCAUGGGCAUCGCACUGGGAGGACUGGCUAUGGGCGUCCUGAUCGGAGCUCCGUUCGGCAGUGUGAUGUAUGAGUUCGUGGGGAAGAGGGCCCCCUUCCUGAUCCUGGCCUUCCUGGCUGUGUUUGAUGGAGUGUUACAGCUGUGCAUCCUGCAGCCUUCAAAGAUCUCUCCAGGGAGUGUGGAGGGGACCCCGUUACUGACGCUGUUAAAAGACCCAUACAUCCUCAUCAGUGCAGGUUCUCUGUGUUUCGCCAACAUGGGUGUGGCCAUCCUGGAGCCGACUCUGCCCAUCUGGAUGAUGCAGACCAUGUGCUCCCCUAAAUGGCAGCUUGGUAUGGCCUUCCUCCCUGCGAGUAUCUCCUACCUGAUAGGAACAAACCUGUUUGGUAUUUUGGCCAACAAGAUGGGAAGGUGGCUCUGCUCCAUGUUAGGGAUGUUUAUCGUUGGCGUCAGUCUGCUGUGUGUUCCUUUUGCCACCAAUAUCUACGGUCUGAUUGGACCAAACGGCGGUCUGGGCUUCGCUAUAGGUAUGGUGGACUCCUCCAUGAUGGCCAUCAUGGGAUACCUGGUGGACAUCCGUCACGCCUCCGUCUACGGCAGCGUCUACGCUAUCGCUGACGUGGCGCUGUGUAUGGGGUUCGCUAUCGGACCAUCCACAGGGGGCGCUCUGGUCCAGGUGGUGGGUUUUCCCUGUCUCAUGGUGUUUAUCGGGGUGAUCAACAUCCUGUAUGCACCACUCUGCUUCCUGUUACGUAACCCUGCCGUCAGUGAGGAGAAAAUGGCGAUCAUCGAUCAGGAGUGUGUGAUGCACAGGAAGAGCUACAACACGCAGAAGGAGAGUCGUGAGUUUCCUCUGAGCGACUACAGCGAAGAAGACGAGACGGAGGAGUGACACGCACGCACACACCUGAAGAAGUCCACGUCGUGAUGUCGUCUCCAAACACACCUUUACCUUCAUCAUCAGACUUCCUGUCGUCACACAGUCAGAACAGAACAGACAGCGCUUAUUAAAGGGACAGUGUCAAAAUAAAAACAGCUCUGUUACAUGUCCUUAAAGUCUAAAUCCAAUAUAAAGGACUGAUUGAUUAUUACCGUAACACUCCACCAUUCACAGUCAGGGUUCUGUAUAAAAUGUCAUUAUUAAUUCACGGAGGCUGUAAGGCAUUUUUAUUUGGUGCAGGUUUACAAAGAUGUGAAUAGAUUUAAGCAAAGUCAAUUAAAAGACACCUAAUUACCUCCAACUGACCAAGCCCCGCCCCCCUCCUAAGUUACUGUUGCAAAGCAUGUUGUGUUCUUGAAUAUUACAUUAACAGUUUUACCCGCCCUUCCGGGAUGGGACCGUACAGACCUGCAUUUAUAUGGCAGACAACGAUAAAAAAUAAAAAAAAUUGCUUGAACUUAAUAUGUAAGAACAGUCUUUGGUAUUCUGAGGCUAAUAUACAACAUUAAGCAAUAUUUCUUAUGUAGAACUAAAAAGAUUCAGUAUUAUGUAUUUUGUUGGCAGAGAAAGAGAAAGUGCGACCCGCAGUUCAAUGUCAGUGUAAAAUUAAUAACUUAGUUAUGACGUUAACGUUACUAGCAAACAGUAAACAGUUAUAACCAAAGACAGUAUAAAGUAUAAGUGGGCGUGGCUGCCGUGACGUCCCCAUUUUAAAGCCUCGACUUUGGCAGUUUGGACGUCGCCAUGUUGAUUUUUUGCAUUCAGCAGCAUCGGAUGUGACCAUAUUUUGAUGAG